AUGACAUCUCCCUUCUCCACUCCUUCGUUCCCUCGAAACAUUCCAUUAUUUUCACACCUGCCAUCAGACGACAAUGACGAGGCUUCCGACUCUCCUUCGCCUACCGAUGUGGCUACUAUUUCGAGUGACCCUGCUCGACCUACAAGCCCCGGGGAUCGAAGCCCUUCGGUUCAGUUUGCAGCUAGGCGGGAAUUUAGACGAAGAGUGGCUUCUGUAACCUCAGCUGAACAUAUAGAACGCCCAGGAAACUCUACGUCACCGAAGUCUAUGACAGUACAGCAAUACAUGUUAGAUUCUGAUCCAGCUGACCAGAAUUUAAACGCUCUGCGGCGACUAAUGGCCGGCUCUCCUUCUUCUCUAUCACGAUCACGUGAGACACCAAGAAUCAGCGGUAGCAUUGUGAGUGCUGCCGUAUCACCAGGAAUGAAUGAUGUAUUUCAGGAUGCUGUAGAGGAGCAGAUUCAGGGUCCUGCAGAGGGCGACAAACCAAAAGUUACGACAGAGGCUAUUCUUUCUAACAUGCACAACAUCAUUCGGGGUCAUUACAACGAAAACAACAAGGGAUAUGCUUACGUUUACCGAGACAGUAAGGAUGAAAGUCAGCGCUUCAAGAUUGGAUCGACGGAUCGGCCAGAAGACCGCAAAAAAGAGCUCGACAAGCAAUGUAAACUCAAGGACUGGGAGUUGGUACAGGAUCCUAAAAUGCCUAUUUGGGAGUAUAAACGACUCGAAAGGCUCGCCCACAGUGAGCUGAAGAACUUCAGAUGUGAUACUAUAUGCCCCGGUGAUGGUAUGAAACAUCGGGAGUACUUUUAUGGCUCAAACGCUACUGCCUCUGAGGUCUUAGGACGCUGGUCGCGGUGGCUAGUAGAUCACGAGCCAUAUGACAAGAAGAGCGAGCUGAAGCCUUUCUGCGAGAUUCCAGUCCCGUUGCUUGCCAGGAAUGUCUUCAGAGAGGAUGGAAAGUGUGGACAGAACCAACGACGUUAG